AUGGCUCGUGCAACUGCUAUUGUUAUUAUCGUUGCUUUGGUGUUUGUAGGAUUAUUAUCCAUGUUUACGGCUCCUAUUGAAGCAGCAAGGGUGUUGAAGGAGACUCAAAAGGCACUUUAUAUCGAGGAUACUAGCUUGGUGACAAAUGCCCUUCCUAAAGGCACCAUCCCGCAUUCUGCACCAGUGCUUAGUGAAACGCGGAAGCUUUUCGUGGCGGUUCAUCGUUCAAGCGACCAACUUCGAUAUUUGCAAUCCGUCCCUAGUCCUGGUGUUGGCCAUCAUUAA